UUAGUUGUGCAGCCAGCUCGAGCUUCUCAUCUCUCAAACUCUAGUGAUAAUCCAGACGUAUACCUAGUGACUUUGUCGCGGAAAAAAUCGUGAACUGGCAGUAGGCACUAGGCCAGUCAUAAAAAGCGCCUCCACUGCUCGCUGCUGCUACAGCAGAAAUUUGUCGAGAAAUUUUAAAGGUGCAGAUAAUCUCGAGGUUAUGACUGAAUUGUAGGAGACAGAUAUAGAUAUCGGACAGUAAAGAAGCUGUAGAGGAACACACACAUCAGCUCGUGUUUCACGUUUAGUUUAUUUUGAAAAUUACCGAAAAAAUUAUUGAAAAUGGCAGAAACUUCGCACAAUCAAGAACUGUCGGAGUUGUGCGAUGAAAAACCAACAUCUUUGCAAGAAUCAAGUGAAUCGUGGGUCAAUGUAACAUCUGAAUUUUUUGAGGCUAUCUCGGAGCUUGAGUUAGGAGAACUGCUUCAUGAUGAGCUGUUUGGUUUAUUUGAAGCUAUGUCAGCUAUUGAAAUGAUGGAUCCAAAAAUGGAUGCUGGGAUGCUGUGCAAUAGAGGCAAUAACAAGCACUAUACUUUCCACCAAGCAGCUUUAUCUGGUGUCAUCAAACUGAGCAAUUUUACUGCUGCUGAAAUUAUCGGAAUAAUUGAUUCUACAUAUGCAUGUAUAGUGUCUUGGCUAGAAGGUCAUAACUUGGCACAAACUGUUUUCACAAAUUUAUAUUUGCAUGACCCAAAUCCUAUUGAAGAUAGAACUUUAAAAAUGUUUUGUGUUACUGUGCAUAAAAUCAUUGAAGAGAUAAAAGAAUGCAUAAUAAGAGCUUCAGUGUAUGAAGAGGAAGAUUUUCAAAGUGUAAUGUACGGUGGUUACAAAUUACAAUCUGAUAUAACAGAGCAAAAGACUAUAGCCAUGAUGAGAGAAAUCGAAGAAGAUUUACAUAAAAAGACUAGAGUUAAACCUUCUGCGGAUGAAAUGGAUGAUGAGUACAAUGAUAAUUUAGCUCUAUAUGCUCGAAUAAGAUUCACUAAAAUGUUUUAUCAAGUUUUAACAAUGAUGGGUAGAAAAGAACAAUUGCCGACAAAUCUUCAAGCAUGUCAACGAAUUUUAUCUAAUUGUUCUGAAAUGCUUCAAUUAAUGAUCAAAACUAUUAAUAGAGGAGAUAAAGCUGAUGAAAUAACUGAUCAUCCUAAUGUUAUGGGUUUUGAUCCUAUGAUUAACCAAAGACAGUUGCCACCGACCUUACCAAGAUAUACAAAAAUAAGGCCUAGAAUAGAAGCCCUUGUGUAUAUGGAUGAUCUUAUAAAUAGAUUUAAAAAUGUGACAAAAAUUACAAGUUAUACUAAUUUUCAUAGUGCAUUGGACUUUUUCAUGGAGUUUUCAAGAUCAAGUCCAUGUAUAUUAUCUAGGUCAUUGUUACAAAUUGUUUAUUUGCCUACUCCCAAUAGAGUGUUUGGUGUACAAAAUUUAACAGAUGUUUUGAAAGAAGCAGCUAGAAAUUUUAUUGCUCCUCCAGUACUAAUGCCAAAAAAUAAUUUAUUGCAAAACCACCAAGCAAAAGACUGCAUUGAUAAUUUCUUAGUGCAUUGUGCCAAUUUUUUUAGUACCUUACUUCAAAUUAGUGGACAUAAUAGAGCAAGACAAAGAGAUAGAAUAGCUUAUUUGUUUGAGAAUUUCGCGGCUUUACAAGAUGAGGCUGAGCGUGUUGAUAGUUACAUGCACUCAUUAUCCUUAAAAAGUGAUUGUCCAAGACCACACUUGGCUUGUUUUGGAACUUGGAUUUUAUAUCAUACUCUAAGAGCAAUGGUCAUGUAUUUGUUGAGUGGAUUUGAGCUAGAACUUUAUUCUGUUCAUGAGUAUCAUUAUAUAUUUUGGUAUCUUUAUGAAUUUCUCUAUGGAUGGCUGGUGUCAGCCAUCACCAGAGCAGAUUCUUUCAUCAUGGAACAAGACCUUCACAAUGAAGCUCAAAAAAGUAAAAGUGGUAAAAAAAGUUCAAAAAGUAAAAAACGUAAAACAUUGCCUAGGCCUUACUACUUAGAAAUUUUAAUGAAUCAAGCCUUGCAAAAUAUUUGUGGAGGUUUUUAUAAAGCUUUGGUGGGUUUUCAAAUAGAUGAAAAAAUUCCGCUACCAGAAAGUCAAUUUGAUUGCGAAGGUGUACGAUAUGAACAUCGACUGUAUCCUUUUUCGUCACUCAUUACUCCGCCCCCCGUGAACUAUAAAAAAUUCAUCGAAAUGACACACCACUUAAGGUAUCGAAAUAACGAAAAACUAACUAGUGAACCUCAGUAUUUAGAAGGCUGUAGACAUUUUCAUCAAGCCAAAACUGUGUUAGAGCGUGCACUAGAGCUUAAUCCACCCCAGAAUAUAGUAAAUGAGAUUACUGACUUAAUGAAAGUUGUGAAAACAAAUUUUGUUGUUUUGAAGUUGCUUGCUGGAGGCCAUAAGAAGGAUUCCAAAGAGCCCCCUAUCUUUGAUUUUUCAAGCCAUCAACAUUUUCCCAUUAUUAAACUUCCUUAAUUCGUCAAUUAAAUAGCGUAAUUUUGAUCGUUUAAAAAGCAUCACAGGGAUCGCUCUAUCCAGUAUCAGACGUUAAUCUAUAUCAAGAAGAUUUAUAUAACUUAUUUUAAUACUACAAAAAAUACAAUUCCUGAAUACAGGUUUAAUAGCUUCGUUUCAUUGCUAUAAUUUGUCUUCCAUAGUAAAUACUUUUAUGAUUUUUCCCUUUUGCUUAGACUAUCUUUUACGGUUUCAAGCCGGACUAGUUCGAUGAUUCCAAUCGAACGUUUCUGUAAAUAUUAUAUAAAUUUCGUAGUUCAUAGCGAGACCAUCUUUUUAGACUUGAUAAUUUAGUUAGGCACUAAAGAAGUUUUCGUAAUGUGAAUGUGGAAUUACGAUAUAUUGAAUUUUGUAAAUAAUUGAACUUAGCUAAUAUGAAUAAGAGCUUGUCGAGUUGUUCAAUGAAAAUCAAAAAAAAAAUAUUUUUUGAUUUUAUGAUUAUGUUAACAGGAGUACAAAUUAGCUUUUUUACUAAUUUUCUAAUGCUAAAAUUGUUGGUUCGAUUUGUUGAAUUUCUAAAUUAAAACAAGGUACGAUUUUGUUACGUCGAUAUUUUCGUCGAUUUUUAUGCUGUGAGUAUAAAUUCAUUUGUACAGUACGAGCACACUUGUAGAUGAGCAUGGUAAAAAAAAGAGUGAAACGGAAAAUAAACGAAAAUUUGAAAAUUGAAAA